AUGGCUAACGCUAGCCACGCCCUCCUUUCACUGUGCCUUCUCCUCGCCGUCCUCGGCUCCCUGGCGGCGACGACGGAGGCGGCACCGCACCGCCGCCUCCAGCAGAGACCGAGGUUCGACGACGACGACCCCAAGGGACCCAUCGUACCGCCGACGGUGGUGGCCUGCUGGAAGUCCAUCCUGGCGUCGGAGAACUGCGUGGACGACAUCCUCCACUCGCUGGCCGCGCUCCAGGUGCGCGUCAGCGAGGUGUGCUGCUCCGUGCUGGAGAAGAUCGGUAACAAGUGCGUCGUCGACGCCUUCUCCAGCUUCCCCUUCAACCCGGUGUACCCGCCCCUCGUCAACCACAUCUGCGGCCUCGCCGUUUGA